UUCUUCUUCUUCCCGAUGCUCUGCCUCCCGAAAGUUCCCCCCAAAGCCUCUGAAGCUUCCCCCUUGAGAACCGAUGAAAGGCUUGAAAUUUCCCUUUCCUUCUUGCUCAAAAAACCAAGUUUCAGGCCUAGAACACUCUCCUAAACCCAGAAAUUUUCCAGAUCUGCGCUGUCUUCUUCCCCUCUGUCCGCCGGCCUCUGCUGUGUGGGGUUGGGUUCGGUUUUCUGCACCGUGAGUCUCCCCUGCAGAUUUGCCGCUGCCCUCUUUCCCCCGCCAGGUCCGGUUCUGCAGCUGGAAAAUUUUGGGUAAGUUGACAGCUCCCCCAAGUCCAAAUUAUCCAUGUAAUUGCUGCCUUGUGUUGAUUGGAUUUUUCUGCUUUUGAAUUUCCCUUUUUGCUGUCCGAAAAUGGAAGAAAUUUAGGUGAAAUUGUGCUGGAAGGUGGAAUGAAUUUGGUAGUCUUUUUGACAUGUUUUUAGCUUAAUUUAUGUAGGAUUAGUUGAUUUGGGCUGUUGUGAUUCUUGGAGAAAAAUCCCGUGAUUUGCUAUUGUUUUGCUAAAUAGGAUUUAAUGAAAUAAAAUCCUAUUCCCCUAUUUUGUUCUGUCCGUGGGAGUAGAAUAAAUUGUAUAUGAAUGUGUAUAUAAAUAUAUAUAUAUACACAAUUUGGGUAAUGAAAAUAAAUAAAAUAAAAGUAACAAAUAUUGCAUUUUGGGAUUGGUCGGGAACAAUAGAAAAAGGAUUAAGUAUGUAGUUUUAUAUGGGUAUUAAUUUUGGAUGUUUUGAAUUAGGUUCCUGAUCGUUCUGUCAACUUAGCACUGAGAUCGAGCCUUUGGUUUUAAGCGAGUGAGGUAAGUAAAUCGUGGUAAUGCCCUUAAAUUUUCGAAGCAUAUUUUAACUGUUUUCUGAGAUGGUGGCGAGGUUUAAAUGGAUUUAUUCGCAUUUGAGCAUGAUUAAAAAGGGAAAUUAAACUUUUAUCAUUUUCCUUAUUUUCUAAAAAUUAAGCAUGCCCACAUGAGAUCCUUUUGAUUUAUUCUUGAAAGUGAGAACGAUUGUGAAUUUCGGUUUUGUUUGUAAAGUUUGCUUGGAUUUGUCUCCAAUAUGGUCGUGAUAAUCGUGUGCCCGCUAGUGGGAGGUUUAUAAACGCUAGCACAUGUCGACAUGUUAGUGAUAGAAUCGGUUCGCUCGUGGCCCUACUAGUGGGGAUUAUACACUAGUAAUUUCUGUA